AUGGCCCUGGAUAACAGUAAACCGGCCUCACUUAAGCGCCCUUCAGCGUCGCUAUCACCCGCUGACGAACCAUCUACAAAACGACAGAAACAACACUACCAUCACAACCACAAGCUCCAUCAUCCCGUCAAGACACAACUCCAAGAGCCUGCGCUACUCGAUGAUGGCGCCGUUACGCAUCUCCUUGAAUGCUCGAUUGGGCUGAUCCUGACAAAGACUGGAUAUGAUAUGGCGGAGCCUGCGGCGCUGGAUGCUUUUCGACAGGCGACUGAAGAGUAUAUCCUUCACUUGUCAUCAUUUGCGCGUCAAUCAAUGACGGCAGCGAGACGAAUACAGCCUAUCCCUCAAGAUUUUGAAUUCGCGCUUCAACAAGGGCAUGUCGGCACCGAAGAAUUAACACCAUAUAUCCAAUCCUCAAAAUCCGAAAAGACCAUCCCCACGCUUCUACCUAGUCCUCCUCCGGAAAAAGAUGAAGACGUCUUUGGCGCCUUCAGUGGUAUACCCAUCCUCAGCAAAGAGUUGAGCGGCGAAGACGAACGAAAACAAAUCAGUUACAUCCCCGCACAUUUCCCGCAUUUCCCUAGCAAACAUACAUAUCGAUUUACACCUGUAUUCACAGAACGAGAGACUGAUCCAAGGCGAAUACGGGAGCUGGGCAUGGAGGAUAGUCGAAAUGGAGAAGAGGCGUUGCGCAAGUUGGCGCGUGCUGCGUUUAAGGAUGCGCAUGCUACUGGGACGGGAAAGAGUGAGAAACGGUUAUGGGGACGGAAGGCGGAGAGUGCGGAGACAAUGUUUGAGAAGACGAUCAGGGGUUUGAGUAAGAAGAAACCGAUUACGACGGCGGCGGACGGUCAACAACCUAUCGAUAUACAAGGUGCGGCACAGAAGGAUGCCAAGUUUUCGUUGUCGACUCUUGACCUCGCGCCUAUUGUCAACUGUGAGAGGAGUUUUUGGAGGAAGAAUGCAUCGGGGACACAGAAAGCUGAGAAAUUGCCUGAUGCAAAGGAAUCUGCUAUUGCGAAGGUUGAGCGGUGGGUGUCGACUUGA